GUGAAAAGUUUAAAAGCGAGAGACCUAGUGAUGUGUUCACUUUUUGUUGCCCUUAUUGUUGUGGAAACUUUUAUUAGGGUGCCCAUUCCAGUCUUACCCUUUACCCUACAACUUUUAUUUACCAUGUUGGCGGGGCUUUUGCUGGGACCAGAACUUGGUGCCACAGCAGUUGUUGUUUACAUAGUAUUAGGUCUUAUGGGUCUACCAGUAUUUACUGAAGGCGGUGGUCUUGCCUAUAUAUUUAAGCCAUCCUUUGGUUACAUAAUAGGCUUUGCAGUUGGUGCUUAUGUCACAGGAAAGAUUGCAAACAAAGAUAAGAGACCUGAUAUGAAGAGACUUCUUAAAGCAAAUUUUGCUGGCCUUGCCAUAGUUUAUAGCUUUGGCAUGAUUUAUUACUAUUUAAUCAGCAAUUUUUAUCUUGGAUCACCAAUUGGAGUUAAGGCAAUUAUAAUUUAUUGCUUCUUGCUUGCAAUCCCAGGGGACAUUGUUUUGUGCUUCUUAGGUGCCUUCCUUGGCAAGAGAUUAAUUCCAAUUAUUAACAAGUCAUAUAAUUAA